AUGUGUGGGAUAUAUGCUGCUUUUAGACAGCCAAAAAUAGACGAAUUUAAGUCAAAAGCUUUACAAUAUUCAAAAUUAAUUAGACACAGAGGGCCAGAUUGGUCAGGUAAUGUUAUACAAAACUCAACAAUAUUAUGUCAUGAAAGAUUAGCUAUUGUUGGUUUAGACUCAGGUGCUCAACCAAUUACUUCACCAGAUGGAAAUUUUACAUUGGCAGUAAAUGGUGAAAUUUAUAAUCAUAUUCAAUUAAGAGAACAAUUUUCAAAUUAUAAAUAUAAAAGUUUAAGUGAUUGUGAACCAAUUAUACCAUUAUUUGAAAAAUAUGACAUAGAUGCUCCAAAAUAUUUAGAUGGUAUGUUUGCUUGGGUUUUAUACGAUAAAAAAAAUGAUAGAAUAGUAGCUGCAAGAGAUCCAAUAGGUAUUACAACUUUAUAUUUAGGUAAAUCUUCAAAAAGUCCAGAAACUAGAUAUUUUUCAUCAGAAUUAAAAUGUUUAAUUGACGAAUGUGAUCAAAUUGAAGCAUUUCCUCCAGGUCAUGUUUAUGAUUCUAAAACAGAUCAAAUUACUAGAUAUUUUGAGCCAAGUUGGUGGGAUGCAUCAAGAGUUCCUGAAAAACAUGUUGAUUAUAAAAAAGUUAGAGAAAGUCUUGAAUUAGCAGUUAGAAAGAGAUUGAUGGCAGAAGUUCCUUAUGGUGUUUUGUUGUCUGGUGGUUUAGAUUCAUCUUUAAUUGCUUCAAUUGCUGCAAGAGAAACUAGAAAAGCAAAUGAAGCUGCUUACAACCAUGUUUUAGAUGCUAAUAAAGAAUUAUCUGGUAUUGAUGAAAAAGGUUCAUUACAUGCCACUGCUGGUUUCAGUCAACAAUUACAUUCAUUUGCUAUUGGUUUACCAAAUGCUCCAGAUUUAUUGGCUGCAGAAAAAGUUGCCCAUUUUAUUGGUACCAUACAUCAUUCUCAUACUUUUACUUUGGAAGAAGGUUUAGAUGCUUUAGAUGACGUUAUUUAUCAUUUAGAAACUUAUGAUGUUACAACAAUUAGAGCUUCAACUCCAAUGUAUUUAUUAUCAAGAAAAAUCAAAGCUCAAGGUGUUAAAAUGGUUUUAUCAGGUGAAGGUUCAGAUGAAGUAUUUGGUGGUUAUUUAUAUUUUGCAAAUGCUCCAACUGCCAAAGAAUUUCAUGAAGAAUGUGUUAAAAGAGUUAAAAACUUACAUUAUGCUGAUUGUUUAAGAGCAAAUAAAUCAACUAUGGCUUGGGGUUUAGAGGCAAGAGUACCAUUUUUAGAUAAACAAUUUUUAGAAACUUGUAUGAAUAUUAAUCCCGAAGAUAAAUUAAUAAAAGAUGGUAGAAUAGAAAAAUAUAUUUUAAGAAAAGCUUUUGAUACUUCAGAUGAACCAGAUGCAAAACCAUAUUUACCAGAAGAAAUUUUAUGGAGACAAAAGGAACAAUUUUCUGAUGGGGUUGGUUAUUCAUGGAUUGAUGGUUUAAAAGAUACUGCUGAAAAAAUGGUUACUGAUGAAGAAUUGGCAAAUCCAAAACCAGAAUGGGGUGAUGAUGUUCCAACUACUAAAGAAGCUUAUUGGUAUAGAUGUAAAUUUGAUAAAAUGUUCAACAAAUCAAAAGCUGCUGCUUCCACUGUUAUGAGAUGGGUUCCAAAAGCCGAAUGGGGUUGUCAUGCUGAUCCAUCCGGAAGAUAUGCCGCUACUCAUGAUCAUAAAGUUGAUGAAAUUUCAAAAUAA